GACAGUGUCAUCCGGACAGCUACAGUUCAGACGGCAAAGAGCAUUUUGGAUCGGGGCGUCAAAAGGCUUGUCCCACUGCCAAUUCAACCCGAUCUCGAGAAACCCGAACAACUAGCCACCGAGACGAAAUAAGAUGGGAACUUCAACCACACCUCGCUAGUUUGAUCGGUACCCUCUCAACGGGGGGAGAAUGUUACGCCAUGCGGCUUACCAUAGGUCAUAUUCUUAACUAUCGAUCGCGGCACUAUAAUGUCGCAGACGGAUCGUCGCGUCUGCCCGGCAAACAAACAUUGUAGUGGCAAGCGCAUGGUUCAUUAAGCAGGGCGACUUCCAGAAACGUCGACUCGCGGCCCGUAUUUUACCUCGCAGUAAAAGAAUGUGGCGUGAUCCGAACGUAGUGGGGGUCGCCUUCCAGAAAAAACGAAAAAAAUCGAAAGGCGUUCAGAACUUUUCGAGAAGUCGAACCGUCAACACAUGUGGCGCUUGGCCAUGGAUCGCUGCAUUAGGUUUUCGUAAUCCCCGAAACCCAGACAAACCACUAUGGAAGUGCGGAGGUUCCCUGAUAUCGGCUAGGCAUGUUUUGACCGCAGCACAUUGUGCACAUAUGGAUGGAAUAGAAAACAUACACAAUCAUAAUAUUGCCAUUCUUAGAUUGGUGGAGGAGGUGCCAUUUUCGAGGUACGUAUAUCCCAUUUGUACGAAAGAGCCCCUACGAAAGAGCAACUUCGUCGGCUAUAACCCCCUUGUUACUGGAUGAGGAGCGUUAAGAUAUAGUAAGUGAUAUCAAUUUUAUAAUAAAAUUAAACAGUUCCAGUCUUAAAUAUCUUUCUUAUUUUCUUCGUAGGACGACCACGACCUAAUGCAUUAAUGGAAGUACAAAUGCCAGUGAUUAAGAACGCCGAAUGCAAAAUAGCUUAUUCCAAAUUUCCUAAUGCACCUGAUAUCACUGAUGGUAUAAUAUGCGCCGAACAUGCUCAGGGUGGAGAGGAUUCUUGUACGGCUGACCGCGGCGGACCACUGCUGAUACAACAUGAAUUAACCUCGUAUUUAAUAGGUAUUGUGUCUUAUGCUUAUAAGUGCGGCACAGCUGGGUAUCCCAGCGUUUACACUAGGGUCACAUCGUACCUUGACUUCAUUCUCCAAGCGAUGCAAUAAUAUGAUAUUACUGUUCCAUAAAUAUCAUUGUGUAAAAAACGUAAAGUUGGAUUUUCUUAUUGUGGAGAUAAGAAACAGCUCAAAUUUACAUUGUUUUGUACGUUACAAAUUAUAGGCUUAAAAUGUACGAAAUGUAACUUUGAAACGACACUAAUUUUUUACGCACGAUAAACCUCCACGACUUAGGUAUGUAAAGAUGAUAAACGUAUAUUAAUUCUAUAAAUUUGGUAAUAAUAAACCAACUUUCUGAGAAGUUCUGUAAAUUUCGUUUCUGUUGUAUCAAGAGAAUAAUGGAAUAUUCCACUUAGAUCGUAUACUUCUUGUACGUACGUACAAAAUUUUCCGGCUAAUCUAAAACACUUCAUAAGAUAGAGAGCUUCUGGAAAUUCGGACACAGAGAGUGCAUAAAAUACAAGAUAAGUCUCGUGUCUUUCAAAAUUAUUUUUUAUUCGCUAAAAACGUCCUGUGUACUCAUGCAAUCACAUGCAACCUCGAAACUUCACUUAUUUUUUAUCACUUUCCAAUUCAAUACACAGUUUCAGCAUUUUUGA